GCAGCGCUGAAUGCUCCACGCAGCCUAUGCCCCGCAGCGUGCCGCGGGCUUAGGUGUCCGGGCUCCCAGCCGUCCCGUCAGACGUCAACCUCCGGGUAGUUCCCAACACCCCGCACCAAAGGUUCCGGCCGGCGGCGACAUGGCGUUGACAGAGUCGGGGGCGAACGCGCUGCAAAACGCCAUGAAGUUGGCGAGAGCCGCGAUCCAGUUGGACACGGAGAGCAGGCAGAAGGAAGCUUAUUGCGAAUACCUGAAGAGCAUAAACUUUAUUUCACAAGCGUUAUUAGAAGAUGCCCAAUCAAAAGGUGAGAUGGAGCUGGUAACACCUGAAGUGCAAAAGAUGCUGAAAUUGGCUGAUCAGUGCUUGGAAAGAGUUAAGACCACUGCUGCUAAACUCGGUAAAAUGGAAAAUAAGCCUGCAGCAAGCCAAGACAUCAAACCUUCAUACGUGCCAAGUCAUCGUAGAGUUGCCUCUGAUGGAGGAGGAAAUAGUGCAUCACUUUUACCUCCUGAAAGCUUAAAAAAAAUGCAGACUGCAGAAACGCUGAUAACCAAAAGAGAACUUACUCCAUUGGAAGAAGCAUCGCGACAGAACCAGAAAUUAAAGGCUGCUUAUGAGGCACGGAUGGCACGGCUGCAUCCUAAGCAGAGCAUGCAGAAAACUUCACUGAGAUUGUCUCUUCAGCGACAGAUGAUGGAGAACUUGAUCAUUGCACAGGCAAGGCAGGCGGCUCUGCAAAGAAAGAUGGAAGAACGGAGAGUGAGACUUCAAGAAGAAGCCAACAGGAGAUUUUCAAGCAGUGCCACACUGACCCCUGAAGAAGAGGAACAGAGAAAUAUAUACACCAGCAUUUUAGAGUUUGAGCAAGACCAUGAAUGGCCCAAACAAUGGAAAAUGAAGUUAAGGUCGCAACCUAAUGACCAUGUUCUGGUAGCUGGCCUUUUAUCCCAAAUACUGAGUUGCUCAGAAUAUCCAAUCUCCCAACUCCUGAAGAAACUGCAGUGCAAGAUCUACAGCAAGCUUUAUCCGAUUGUGAACAAACAUUUUUUAGACCUGGCUAGCGUCAAUGAGCUCGAUGCAGGCACCGGAUUGUAUUCAUCCCUUUCACAGUAUUCUCUGAAUACAGACGUGAUACCUUCACUCAACAGAGGAAGCAGGUUAAAGUCUUCCAAAAGUGCAUGCUGCUUGCAAUCUGUUCAAGAUCACAAUAAAAUAAAUAAUAGUGGAUUAAGACACAGUUCUUCUGUUAGCUCAUUUGCAUUUGCUGAACAUCAAAAUGCAAAUUCAGAUAUUAGAGAUCAGAGUGGACUGGCUCAAAAUAUUACAAGUCAACAAAUCAGUUCAACUUCAAUUGUUACGCCAAAUUUGAUGGCUGAUAAGGAUAGCCCUUUUGAAGAUUUGGAACAUUAUGUGAUGAAGUUUGAGCAACAACCAGGAAGCAUUACAGAUAGUCUGAUGCAGAUGACAAACUCUGAUCAUCUUCAUCAAAUGGAAGAUAUUUCAUUGCAAAAUCUUCUGAAGAAUAUUGUAACAGAUGUACAUAAUUCAAUAGAUAGGCUGCUGUCCUUGUGUAUUCUUGCCUUUGAACCUCUCAACACUGCGACUGGAAAAGAUCAAUGCUUGGCCAGCAUUGAGGAAGCUUUGUUCCGGCCUAUCUGGGUGUUCCUUUUGACGCUGUUUAGAAAAGUGAAUAUACAGAGGGAACUAGCUCUUGAAAAGAGCAUGAAAUUGUACAAGAAUGUUGUCCCAGCAGAUAUUGGUGUUGCAGCUAAGCUUUUCCCCACGGAAUCUUCAAAUGAUUCCUAUCCUUAUGAAGUGGCAGUGCAGGAGUUAAGGUUAAUAACCAAAGAAUAUUGUCCACAAAAGAAGCUUGAAUGUAUUGUACGAACACUGCGUCUUAUCUGCGAGUGUGCUGAACAUUACUGCAAUUCUAAGGAGGCUGGUACCCUGCAUGUUGCUUCUGCAAUCGGUGCAGAUGAUCUACUACCUAUUUUGUCUUAUGUGGUACUGAAGAGCAACUUAACGCAACUCAUAUCGGAGUGUGCAGCUUUGGAAGAAUUUAUUCAUGAAGGAUAUUUAAUUGGUGAAGAAGGCUACUGUCUGACAUCUAUGCAGAGCGCUCUCUCAUAUGUGGAAUCUCUAUCCAAAGGAUGAUACUACAGUUUACAUCCAUGUAUUCACUAUGGGGAAUGUUCAAAAAUUACUACUUGUUACACUUAGUAAAUGUUUACUUUUGUAUUAAAUUCACUGGAGCCAAGGCACUGUUCUUCAUGGUUGCGUAAAAUAAAUUGAAGCAUUACAGUACUUAGGACAAUCAUUCUGCUGUUGCACAAAAUAACUCACUAUAAAAUUAACCUCUGUGUAUGAGAUUGUUAGGCUAUAAUAUUGUGGUUGUUUGAGAGUAAUGAUCUAAGACUGCAUUGAGGAAGCUAAAAGAUUUGAUUUGGUCAAUUAAUACUAGAGAAUGCUAAUACACACUGGGCAUUGGAGCUAAACAAGUGCAUACUCAAUCCUGCACUCAGUGUAAAUAUUGCAUUUUCUACAGAGUUUUGAUCGAAGAUACAACCAGUUUUUUAAGAGGUUAUUUCAUUUUAUAUUAAGUUCUAAGUUGAUAGAAUUGUUUAUUUUUGAUUUUGUCAGUUAUUUAAAAGUCAAAGAACACUUAACUGAAACCUUAUCCCAGACUUAUAGCAUUCUACCUUUCAAUGCUACUUUGUAGAAUUUUGAAUGCUUGUCUGAGAAAGUGGAAGGUUGUUAGUAAGAACACAAAGAUUUCUAAUGUUCCUAUGAAUAAUUCCUGCUUUGUUUCUGAUAGUUUUAAAAUAAUUUUCAUUUUUUUAAGACCUUGUUUCAUAUAUUAUUAAUGCAUGUUAUGUGCAUGCCUGAGUAGGUGUACAUGAGUGCAUGUAAGGUUGAUGCCAAUAUAGAAAUAAACUAUUCAGUAACUUUGGAAAUAAAAAUUCAGUGGAUAGUAUGGGGACAGGAGACAAAUUGUCAAAUGACAUUCUGCUGCAUGUGUCCGAUGACAUGACCAAAAUUAGACCAACUAGGAAUUAAAGAGCUUCCACCUGGAACCCUGAAUAUGAUGUUUCCACUGAAAUGAGGUACACUGAAGGAAGUACACUUAGCAAACUCUCCCUAGAAAGCAAGAUCACAGCUACAAAGUUACUCAGUAACUCAUGUUGUAAAUCACCUUCAAACCCAGCUGUCUCUUAGAUUAUCAAUCAUUCAUAAGUGACAUCUUGCUAACAGGAACAGAGCGAUUACAUACAACAAUACAGGAGCAAGUCAUUAGACCUAGCUAGUCUUUGUUCGUGUUUGUAUUCUAUUGCAGGCGUCCUCUAAUUCUUCUUUACUCCAGAAAAAAAACACUAUUUGUUCAGUCUUUCCUGGUAGCCAUAAUUAUUCAGUUCUGGUACCUGUAAAAAUUUCCUGCACAUUUUCCAGCCUGCUUUACAUCUUUUUAUAGUACAUAGCUCAAAUCAAUGUAGCCUGAACAAGACGUUCGACACUACAAGUUUAACAUAACUUCAGUACCUCUUAGAUGCUUAGAAAUAAAUCCCAAUGCCUUUUUAGUGUUUUUCAUUGUUUUACCCUCUAAACAGAUAAAUCUGCAAGCAUUCUGACAUCUUCUUGUACUAUAUUGCAUUCUCCCUCUUUGUUAGCCUUAGUUUGGAGUGGAAAACAGCUGAUGAUUUCUUCAAACUUGAGGCACUUCAUAAGAAAUUAUCUUUUCCUACUGAAAGAAGCUUGUGCACUAUUUAGUGGAUACUGUGAAAGCAUAUUGAAUAAGAAACUCUAUCUUAAUUUUAGUGAAAAAUACGUUUUAAAACUUCAGUGGAAGGAUGCUUUAUUUAUUGUCAUUUAUGUGAAUUUGAAACUUGUAAUUCAAGUUUCGCAACUCCAUAGAGGGAUUAAUAAAAUACUAAUUUGUGAUAUGUUCUGAUCUUCAGUCAAUUGUGAACUAAUUAAUGAAUAUAUCAUGCACAUUUCAAAUAUUAUGAAUGAUAUUUUACUUAUUCACUAUCAACAUUACAAGUAAAUAAAAAAAUAUAGUAUUUGAAUGCAAAAGGAAUUUACUGUGAAAAAUUCCAGAAAUUUAUGACCACUUUGAGGUAUCUGUACAUGGUAUGGCAAUAAUUUGAUAAAUGACAACUGUCCUGCUGUAGCCUGGAGAAUGAAUUUAAAAGACAUGUUUAAAUGAUGUCAUCAGACAUCAGAGACAAGGUAAUUGAGGUAAUUUGAAAAACAUUAAAAUCCAUUGACAUUUGGAACUGCGUUUUACUGUCUGUUUUCUGAAUCCCACUAAAUUGAAUUAUUGCUAUAAAAAGAAUUAGUUGCAUAAUUUAUUGAUCAGUAUAGCUAAGACCAGUCAUUUGUUAUGCCCUGGUCAAGUGCUAAUCCUAAAUCAAGACUGGCACAUCGGACUUUGGAGCCCUUUAGUCAGAGAGAGUUGUUCAGCAGCUUUCCCGUUCUUUCUCAUUGUUUUUAAUCUUCAAAUUACUUUUCUUAAGGGGAAUCAAUAUCAUUACUAAAGAAUCCUACUUCACCUUUACGUUAGGCACCUUCACCGAUUGGUCACAGGUAUCCCUGCUGCACAACAUCUAAUAUUUACAGCUAAUGUUCCAGUCUUCACCUGAGCUGUCUGUGGGUCCUGAGCCCAACCCUUCAGACUGUACUGUGAAUACGCCCACUGUUCUGGGAUUCAUGUGCCUUACUGGACAUCAACCUGGGAUUUUAAAACUAUUUUUUGGUCUCCAUUACAGCAGAACUGUCUAGUUACAGCCAUAAACCAUUUGUCCUUUUCCUCAGAGGUAGAAAUGGUGACACUGAAUCAAAGAAUCACUAAGGUAUCUCUAAAGCUUAGAAAUUAAACUGUUGAGCUUAGUUUCUUGAACAAGAUAUCAGAAAAAUCUGUAUUUAGCAGAUGCCAAAGGUAUUUCAGGUUUUUUUUAUUAGGGAGCCUCUCAGAAGAUCAGUCAACCAUUGUCACUUUAGUCCCACUUCAGAAAAUGGUGAGCUCAGGUUAUGACUUUUGUAUUCUGAAGUGUGCAAAAGCUUUGUUUCAUAGCCUAUUUUCUUGUCUUAGUUAUUUGUCUUGAAUUAUUUCAUACUAUUAUUGACAGCAUUUAUGUGUUAUUUAUGAAUGUGCAAAUGCUAGGUAGUAGUGAAUAGACAAAAUGAAGUUGAUAUUUUUGAAUGUAUGAUACACUUUUUGUACUAUGAAAUGCAACAUCUAUAACAAUAAUCCUUGUGACCUAGGUUAUCAAAAGGGGUAGGUAGUGAGAAAAGACUGAAGUGCCUUGUGGAGAUCUAAAAAAAAUUGGGCUAAGUCCUAAUGUAGUUCAUAUAGGUGUUAGUUGCAUCAUGUCAAUCAUUCGAAGUAGUUAUGGGUUUGCUGUAUUAGACUUAAAAUAAAACUUGAAUUUUAGAUCUUUGUGUGGUAUUUAUAUUUGAAAGUUCAAAGGAAUACAUAUAUAGAUGAUUAAAUUACUGUCAAUUUUGAAGUGCAAGUCUGAUAAAUUUUUGACCUACGUCUGACUUAGCCAUUAAAAUAAAGCCAGAAUAAAUUCUAACUGUUACUUUCACAAUUCAGCUUUUAAAACUUAAGUUUCUGUGACUUGCUAAUAACAUGGAAUUUGCAUAAAGGUCAGUUUUAAAGUUUCGACUUCAUAAAAGGGAAGUUUUUUUUUAUACCCAAUAAAUACAAGCUCUAUUUUCAAAUGAGUCUCUAACUAGACAUGUUAUUGUACAAAGUUUGAGAAGGUCAAGUGGUAGGAUUAGUGAAACUGCAUAUAUUUGUACAAAGUUGAGUUUUUCUUUCUUUUUAGCCUGUGGUUGUGAAAAAGUUCUUUCUUUUUACCCCUCUAGCCCAUGGAUCUUCGAGUGAUGAAAAAAUCUUGCUUUUGUUCCUAGUGGAGAUGUACUAUUUAAAUUAGUGGAGUUCUGUGGUAACUGUUCAAUGAUUUUAGUAUCUUCAGAACUUAGGUUUAAUUAUUUUUCAAUUGUGUACUUUAAGUUUAUCUACUAAAAUAUACGAAAGGACCAGAGAAUUAAGUUGUUGAUUCUUCUGUUAAAAGUCAUUUUUUUUAAUAAAAAGAGAAUGUUUUCCUUGAUUUACAUAUUUAUUCAAUUGUUGAAGUGCAAUCUUAUGAAUGUAUACCUAGACAUGAUGAAUCUAUAGAUUAUUGUGAGUUUUUUUGAAAAGUAAAAAUAAAUGUACAUGAUAAGAAAAUACUGUCUUUGAACUAUAUUGAACACAGCAAAGUCACUUUAAACCAGGUUCUGUAUUUUUACUCUGAGUUUUAGGCUUUGUUGUGUAAUGACACAUUUGUAAGUCACAAUGUUUCUGAGAAAUAAAACUUAAUUGACCAA